UAGCCCGUGACAAUCGUUUCGGUGCAAUAAAAGAAAAAUAAAAUUAAAAAAAAAUAAUUGGCUUUAUCAAAUUAUUUCCAUUGCCGCUAAAAACUUGCACAAAUAUUCAUAUUUUACGAAAAAGUUACGCGUUCUUGGUAAUAUUCGAAAUUCAAUUUCAAACUGUUGGCGCGAAAUACUUUUUUGACAGUAUAAAAGUUAUAUUUUCUGAUGUUCUAUUUUUAAUUUUACUAGAUUUAAAAAACCUGAUUUUUGUUCUCAACUUUGGCAGUUGUACAAAAAAGCAUCAAAAUUAAGCAGUUAAAAGAAUACUUGUUUGCGAAGAUGGGCCCUGCGGAUCGAGGGCCGAAGACCACGGAAGACCGGUCGGCUCCUAAAGAGAAGACUGGGUGGCGGAAAUGUCUGGCGGAAAACGUGAUGCUGCUAGCAAUCCUCGUCGGCGUACUUGUCGGGGUUGCUUUAGGUCUGUCCCUCCGUCCUCUUCAUCUUACCUCAGAGAUGUUGAUGCUUUUAAGUUAUCCUGGUGAACUGUUCAUGAGAGUCCUUAAACUUAUGAUUCUACCCCUGAUCAUCGCUAGCUUGAUUGCUAGUUCUGCAAGUCUUAAUGCCAAGAUGAGCGGAAAGAUUGCAGUGAGAACGCUGGUUUACUUCGUCCUGACUUCAAUGUUUAACGCCUUCCUUGGUAUUGUCUUGGCCACUUUAUUGCGGCCAGGAGAAGUCAAAUUGCCUGAUCAUAUCGUUCCUGAGGUGGAAAUUAAAGGAGAACGGAGCGUUUUUCACAGUAUUAUGGACAUCGGCCGAAAUAUUUUCCCAGACAAUAUAGUUGAGGCAACAUUCCAACAAACGUACACGGAAUAUGUUCCUUCGCCAGUCAGAAAUGGUACAACGGUCAUGGUUCCAGUCGUUUCUUAUAGAUCAGGCACUAACACCAUUGGCCUUGUUUUCUUCUGCCUCGUGUUCGGCAGCAUCCUGGGCUCCAUAGGUCCGAAAGGCCAAGUGGUCAUUGACUUCUUCCAAGCUAUCUUCGAGGUGAUCAUGAAGAUGGUGUCAGGGGUUAUGUGGUGCACUCCGUUGGGUGUCACCAGCGUUGUGGCUGGGAAGAUUCUUGCUCUUGAUGACGUCGGACAAGUGCUUUCUCAACUCGGCUGGUUCAUAGCAACCGUCGCUAUUGGAGUCUACUUCUACCAACUGAUUGUCAUGCAGUUCAUCUACUUCGUCUUCUUGAGGAAAAACCCUUACAAAUUCUAUUGGAAACUCUCCAAUGCUAUGAUGACUGCUUUCGCUACUGCUUCAACAGCUGCAGCUCUUCCAGUGACAUUCAAGACCAUGGAAGGUCCUCUACGAGUGGACCCUCGCAUCACUCGCUUCGUCCUUCCCAUCGGUUGCAAUAUCAACAUGGAUGGAACAGCGUUAUUCUUGGCUAUUGCUAGCGUCUUCAUCUGUCAGAUGAACAACAUGUGCUUAGGGCUUGUCCAGUUGGCUACCAUAUUUCUAGCGUGCACAGCGGCUUCCGUGUCUUCAGCGUCGGUGCCUUCAGCGGCUCUAGUGCUGCUUCUGGUCGUGCUGUCUGCAGUAGAUGCGCCCACGCAUGAUGUGUCAUUAUUGUUCGCUGUUGAUUGGCUGGUAGAUCGAAUCAGGACUACGAAUAACAUGCUUGGUGACUGCUACGCUGCAGCGGUUGUCGAACACCUCUCCAAGAAUGAGCUGAUGGCUUGUGAUGCUGCUUCUAUGGAGUCAACAGUAUCAGUACCUACCGCCCCUACUCCUCAUACUGAAGAAGCAGCAGUCACUCCAGGGAAAAAGUCUAUUAUUUCCGAACAAAUCGCUAUAGAUAUGCAUUUACAAACUAUUUAAGCAAGUUUUUCUUGUUGGUAUAUUACUCGCACGUGCAGAAAGCUAAUGGCAUAUAUUAUUAGGAAUGAGAUUGGGAACUUUAUAGCAAUGGCUAGAUUUUGACUCAGGUAUACACUCAGGUAUAAGCUAAUAGGUUUCAUCAUUCAUAGGAACAUCAGUAAGUAUUAGUAAGUGCUUUGGAAAAGAUACUGUACGGUUGUCUGUCUGAGUCGAAUACGUUUCUAUAGAUUUUCCAGUCUGAUGAAUCGAUUAUAGUGAGACAUAGGCCUUGUUAGAGAAUUCAGGUAAUCAAUGAUAAUAAUAGAAUGUAGUCAUCGUUAGAGUUUGUGUUUGAUUGAUAUUGGGGGAUCUAAUAAGGUUUUCAGGUUGCCAAGCUAAUACCUACCUAUAAUUUAUUCUCACCAAACAGUUGUUGAAGUUUUUGAUAUUAAUGUUGUUUUUUUGUUUAUUGUCUCUGGUAAAUACUACAUUUUGACAAAUGUAUUACGGGUUCGUAAAGUUAUUAAAUCUGUCUGCAAUUUUCACUAUGUGUCUCAAAUUUGUAGACAUUUUUGUGAUCCAUUGAAUUAACAUGUCAUGUUGGCACUGAUAUUUGUUAGGGCUACAAUUUCUACGAUCCGUUUACCAGACAAUUUUUUAUUGUCAAUUUGUAUUGUAAUGACUAAUCAACGUUUAUAAAACUAAA